AUGACUUCUCCGUCUAAGAUUAAGGAAGUUCAACGUUUGAAAGGGUGUCUGGCUGCCCUAGGAUGUUUUCUUUCUAAAUCUGGAGAUAAGUGUCAUCUUUUCUUCGCAACAAUAAAAAAGAAUGUGAAAUUCAAGUGGGCGGAGGAGGCAGAGAAAACUCUUCAGCAGGUAAAAGAGCACAUCCGACAACUGCCUCGAUUAAUCAGUCCGGUCGAAGGAGAAAAACCAUUUGUAUACUUGGCCAUAUCGCUGCAUGCGGUUAGCGUUAUUCUCCUGGCUGAAAGGGAGUCAGUGCAAAUUCCGGUCUACUUUGUUAGCCAUGUGCCAAAGGAAGCUGAAUGCAGGUAUUUAAUGGUAGAGAAAUUCGGCCUGGCAUUGCUCAUAGCCUGCCGGAAGCUAAGGACAUACUUUCUAGCCCAUAGUAUCCUUGUCUAUACUGACCAGCCUCUGAAGCAACUCCUGCACAAGAUGGAUGCCUCUGGACGAAUGCUAAAGUGGGAUGUAGAGCUCAACAUGUUUGACUUAGCAUUCGAGCCUAGAAAAGCGAUCAAGGGACAAGCCUUAGCUGAUUUCAUUGUGGAGCUUACUCGGCUAGCAAUUGAGUUCGUCCAAGAUCUAGCAGAGGGAAAGCGGCAUUGGACCCUUAUGGUGGAUGGAUCAUCCACCGCCGAACGGCUGUGGAGCUGGGAUCAUCUUUCAAUCACCAGAUCCAGCUGGGACAAAUUUGAAUAUGCAAUCAUAUUUCAGUUCCAGGCUUCAAACAAUGAAGCAGAAUAUGAGGCCCUUCUAGCCGGCAUUAAAAUGUGCAAAGCGGCCGGAGCCCUGGAGAUUGAAGCAAAGACGGAUUCCCUGCUGGUGGUUAGCCAAGUCAAUAGGGACUUUGAAUGCAAGGAGGCGUUUAUGAGUAAAUAUAUGAAGCUGAUUCAGGAAGAAAUAAAAACACUAAAGCGAUUUGUGCUCGACCAAGUUCCAAGGUUGGAGAAUUAUCAAGUCGAUGCUAUCUCAAAAUUAGCCAGUUCCGGCGAAGGAGAUGUGCCGAGAACUGUGUUUUGGGAGGUAAAGCCGGCAAAGAGUAUUGAUCAAAAGGAAGUUCUGUUUCUCAGCCGGGUAAAUGUUUGGAUGAACCCCAUCAUUGAAUGCAAGAAAACAGGACGUCUGCCCACUUCCCACUAA